CAAGCCGUGUUGUACACCGAUAGUAUUUUCAUUUACAGAGCUGAAAUUUAAGCUAGUCGGUUAUCGAUGACACCAAACUGCGCGCCUUCAAAUACAACAACAAGAAAAAAGCGGGAAAGACAUAAUCUGUUUUUGUUUAAUGAAGGACGCGAAAUGAUGGAAACACCCACGGGACCGUCAACGCGUCCCAGUCGUGUUGCCACACCAAGGCUCUCGGAGCGCAAGAAGCAAUUGUUCCGAAGUCGCAGCUCCAUGCUAGACCAAAUCGAUGACGACAACAUGGAUCCUCUACUGGGCAUAGAACCACUCAGACCAAAGUCUCAAGUCACUGAAAACAGUGAUAAGUUAAACAAAAUACGCAACUUAUUUGACGUUGCUGGUAAUGCUGGGGCACAUAGGUUCCGACUACGCAGCAGUACAAGUAGUUCACCGGAGACAAAUAAGGAGAACAAAGGCUUAAUGCGGGGAGGCACACGUGGCGGCGGUGCUAUGGCUGUGUCUGACGAACAGCUGCCUCAUUUGUUUACAACCACCAUGCGUAUCAACAGCAACAGCAGCACCAGCCAGACCUCAAGUCCACGCACACCCAGAAGAAAGAAUGACUCUGUGAUCAACAUCUCCAGUGACUCAAAUUCGGCAGAUGAUGUGCAGCAACGCAGCGCAGUAAAGCGUGCACACAAGCCUACAUCUGUUUCUGACUCCUCGCCUGGGUCACCACAGAGCAAACAGCGCAGAAAGUUGGAGGAAUGCAUACCUACUGGCUUAUUUUAUUCACACGCUAGCACAUCGCAGGCUACGAAGCACCUCAGCUCUGUUGUGGCAAGGCAAACUAAAAAGCCUAGAAAGUUUAGAGUUGUGUCGCCCCCGUCGCGUCCACGAUUGGGCGUCGGUAGAGGUGUAAAACAUAAAAUAAGAAAACCGCAACGUCCUAUGACAGGCACUGCUGUGGACCUCGAUGACAUUAUGGGCUCGCUGCGCAAUGAAAAGUUGCUGCGUCUUAUAACGACUAAACGUGAGGAGCGUGCCAAGGCGGAGGAAGUGCAUAAAAUACUCCGUAGUGCCAAAGAUCCCAUUAAAAUGGCAAAGCCGCUGAGUGUCAUGGCUGGGGACGAUGCAAAUAACAACAAUACCAAUGCAGACACAACAAUGGGCUUUUCAGAUUUCAGUGAUGAAGAACAGUUAAAUGAAUCUAUACCUGUGGAGCCCGUUAUACCUUUAAUACGUUAUGAGAACACAGCUAGUACCGACAAUACUACGAAUACGGAUAGCAAACGUAAGUUCUUUAAGUCGGGAAAUCGCAGCUCAACCAGCAUGGAGGUACGUAUUACGGAUAACAUACGCGCCAGCGUUAACCACGGCAAGAUUUCGCUAGUUGAGGCGCCAGUUAGGAAGCCUCGUAAGCUGCGCGUAAAAUCAUCCACGAUCUUCUCUGCUGAGCAGGCCACUGUGGAUGCUAUACUGCGUAAUCUGGAUGACACCGUGAUCGAUGAGAUAAUUGAAGCGGAACCAACGCCGACACCUGUGCAGCUUGAGGUAGCAACUAUUGCAGAUCCAUAUGCUGCAUAUCGUCAACGCCUGCCCUAUAACACAGAUGAUCUCACCACCAUUGAGCAACAGAAUGUGUUGCUUGAGUUUCUUAUUAGCAAUAAUAUAUGCACGGAUGAGAAUUUUGAGAUAUUUAUAGGAGAUCCAGAGAAUCAUAGGUAUGAAGCUGAGCGCAUAGUCGAUGAACUGUUUAUGGCUAUCAAUGUACAGGAAAUGGAGCAGCAGCUUCCUGCAACGCAGGCCGAGCUACCCAUUGCUCAGCAUGAGUUGUCAACUGUUCCAAGUGAGGUGUCAACUGAUCCAGCUGUGAUGCCAGCUGCCAUGCAAUCCGUGCCGUCCAUUUGCGAGUCGCAGCAAAAGAUGUUUCCCAUUUUUACACGGCGCUUGCAGCCCAUACAGCUACCACCAUCACGUCGCAAGUUGAGCAGCUCUACGCGUCUUACAAGCGCUGCCUCUGGGGCUGGUCAACUUCAGAUAGAUGCCGGACAAAAGGCAUUUGGAGCCAAGCAGUGCCACCAGUGUGGCUUAGUCUAUACGGUGCAUGAACCUGAGGAGGAGCAACUGCAUCUUGAAUACCACGAAUCAAUUCAUGUACUGCGUUUUAAGGGUUGGAUUGACGAAGACAUUGUGGCCGUCUGUCCGGACUGGGCGCCGGAUGGGCGUAUUAUACGCAUAACAGAACGUGCGCCCGCUGCACGCUUACAAAGGCUUAAGGAAUUAGUCAUAGUGGUGGACAAGGAGCUGGGCUACUCCUCGUAUAUUGUGCCAUCCACAUUUGUCGCCUACUUUGCGGUGCGUAAACAACAAAUUGUAGGCUUGUGUCUGGUCCAACCAUUGGCGCAGGCGUACCGCUUUAUUCAAGUUGAUGGCACUGAUUAUUUUAGCGAGGAGACUUUUGAGGCUAGCUGUGGCGUCUCGCGUAUUUGGGUAACUCCGCUUCAACGACGUCGAGGCAUUGCCACUAAAUUAUUGCGAGUUGUGCAGAGCCAGACCAUAUUGGGUAGUGAUAUACCGCGGGAUCGCAUUGCUUUUAGUACGCCGACAGAUGCGGGACGUGCGCUGGCGCAACACUUUACGCAGCAAGAAAAUUUCCUGAGCUAUGAUCAGUGAGAGCAAGUCGGUUAUUGAAUAGCUGGCAGAGGCCUAUUGGCAUUUAUUCAUUAUUAUCGUAAAAUAGCUAAUCAUUAUUGUUAUGCAAGCAGAAAAAAGCUUUAUUAU